ACCGGCGGUGUUCGGGCAUGUUUGAUUCACAGGACUAGAGAACUUGGCCAGACUUUGGGACUUCACACAAGGAGCUUAUUUUCUAGGGUGAAGGAUCUAUAUUAAUGAAUGGAUCCUGCUUGUUUCACCACAGCGCAGCGUCUUUCCUGUAAAAUGAUGAAUCCGGAUUUGUUCAAACCGUCUCCAGCGGUUCAACCGCCCGCCAAGCCGAACCGGAGUAAAUCGGAGCACGUUAAGACGGAGAUCGCGCAGGUGGUGGUUGACGCAAAGACGGGAAGAUCGUACUGUAAAGGAAAGCUUUUGGGAAAGGGUGGUUUUGCACGAUGUUACGAGAUGACGGAUCUUGCCAGCAACAAGAUGUAUGCUGUGAAAGUAAUUCCUCAAAGCAGAGUGUCAAAGCCACACCAGAGAGAGAAGAUCAUUAAUGAGAUCGAGCUUCACAAAAGCCUCCAACACAAGCAUGUGGUGAAGUUUUCCCAUCAUUUUGAAGACCAAGACAAUAUUUACAUCUUCCUCGAACUCUGCAGCAGAAAGUCUCUGGCACACAUUUGGAAAGCGAGACAUACGUUGACCGACCCAGAAGUACGUUACUACCUCAGACAGAUCAUAUCUGCGCUCAAAUACCUCCACAACAAAGGCAUCCUCCAUAGAGACCUCAAACUAGGUAACUUUUUUGUGAAUGAAAACAUGGAUUUGAGAUUAGGAGAUUUUGGGCUGGCAGCAAAGCUGGAGACAGUCGAGCAGAGGAAGAAGACUAUCUGCGGGACGCCAAACUACUUGGCACCAGAGGUCCUAAACAGACAAGGCCAUGGGACGGAGUCAGAUGUUUGGUCGCUGGGUUGUGUAAUGUACACGCUUCUAUGUGGGAAUCCACCAUUUGAAACCUUAGACUUGAAAGAGACCUACAAGUGUAUUAAGGAAGUGAAAUACAGCAUUCCUCCGUCCCUCAGUCCAGCUGCACAGAAGCUGAUCUCCGCCGUCCUUCAGAAAAACCCCUGUGACCGCCUUACGCUGGAUCAGAUACUGGCCCACGAGUAUUUCACAAAGGGCUUCACUCCAGAAAAACUCCCUCCCAGCAGCUGUGUGAUGGUGCCUGAGCUUAAUCCACCAAGCCCUGCCAAGAAGUUCUUCACCAAGAUGGCUAAAAGCCUCUUUGGCAAGAAAAAAUCAAAAGCUGUUGAAAAGACCCCUUGUGAGGAGAAAGAUGACAUUUCCAAACUGGUGUCAGGCAUGGUGAAGCACUCCAUCGGGCGGCAGAUGAGCUACAAGACAAUGGGAGCGAAUGAGGUCACUUCUCCCACGGUUCAACUGGCAAGCUCUGGCCCUCUGGACACCCCGGCCGAGGAGGAGUCCCGGAAGUCUGCAUCUCGCUCCUUCAAAGGGACCGUCGCCAGCAGCACUGAUGCUUGUGACGAUAUCCCUACCCCUGCUGCUGUAGCCGAAUCUGCCAUGAAGGUUCUUAACAGCUGCUUGUCUUCCAUGCCAACAGCUUCAAGAAACCCACCCUGCCUUUCUAAAACCAAGCCUUUUAUCUGGGUAACCAAGUGGGUCGACUACUCCAACAAAUAUGGCUUCGGAUACCAGCUCUCCAAUCAAAACGUCGGCGUACUCUUCAACGAAGGCACUCAUCUGAGCCUGUGUGACCAGCGGAGGACUGUACGUUACUGUCUGACAAACAACAAACACUUUAGCUUUCCAGCUGACGCUUUACCAGAGAAGCUCCAGAAUCAAAAACACAUAGUGGAUUUGAUGGCUAACUACAUGGAGCAGAAUCUGAUGGAGGGUGGAGACGUCAACUGUGAGAACCAGCCAAAUCCAAGCUCUUCUCCAUUACUUCUGCAGUGGAUCAAGACUGAUCACGCCUUAGUCAUGCUCUUUGACAACCGAACCUUACAGGUUAACUUUUACACGGACCACACGAAAAUCAUCCUGUGCAAGACCUCGGACUCCUCGUACCUGCUGACGUACAUCAGCAAGGAGCGCGUCUCUUAUUCCUACCCUCUGAACGUGCUUUCCGAGUGGGGCUGCUCUCCGGAGCUCCGGCAGCGGCUUCAUUACGUGGUACAGCUUCUCCAGCACUACACCAACCCAUAACGAACCCCGCGGAACCGCCGUUCUGCUUCGUAUUACGAUUUGCUGCUUACCGCUUCCAUUUGGGAAGCAAAGGACUAUGACAAAGAAAAAUCAGGGGAAGCUUCCACGUCGCCACGAAGAUCUCCUGUCCUUGGUCAUCGGCUGGCCUCUUUGAACUAUGGUGCACUAUUUUUGUUUGGGUUUUCCUUUUUUGCAACUGAGCCUACACCAACAGUAUCACACUACCAGCUUGACUCACAGUGUGCACAACCAAAAUUUGAGCCCGUUCUCUUUUAUUAUUUCGAUUUUUAGCUGGACUGAAGUGCAGAUGGCAUAAAAAUCACAGGGUUCUUAAGCGUCUUGCUUUUGCUCGCAGUGUCCCGUGCACUGCGCAAGAUGGGCUUGGCUUUUUAUGCUCGAUCACUUGGCUUUUUUUUUUUUUUUAAUAAAAAGACUUUUAUUUCACUAAAUAGUACACAAACAAGAAGAGCUACGCACACCAAAUGGUUAUUCUUUUAAUGAGAUUAGUUUUAAAGAUGGCAGAGGUGAAUAGCUGAGGUGGAACUGUAAUUCAUGGAGGAGCAGUUAGGAGUGGGAGUGACUAAAGUGCCUUUCUGAUGGAUUCCUCUGUGCAAUAAUGGCCCUGUAUCUCAAGCUUAAGUCACAAAGGGAAUGAGACGGGCUUUAUAGAGUCUUCAUAUUCGGUUUACCAAGUGAAUUAGGCAGGAGUGGGGGAAGAAACACUACAAAUACACACCUGAUAUAAGCUUUUUGCUCUUAAAAGUUAUUAUAUCCUUAAUGUCUGUACUUAAGGAAAAAAAAGACUAUGUAUUCAGUGUGCCUCCAGCUUUGUUUACUUGACAUGCUCCAUCAUACGUAAUCAUAAUGUCCUCAAAACUGUGACCAUGGCUGUAAGUGAUGUGUUAGAAUACCAACAUUGUGAAAGCCAUUACCCUCUCAGACAAAUCCUAAGUAGUAUUAUUAAUUAAUUGUGGCACGUGUUCUAUUUAUUUUUUUAUUUAUAGUUUUUUAUUUAUUGAUGUAACAUAAUUGUAUGGUGUCAACACUGGGAAAUGUUCAGUAUGAUCACUUUUUAUGUAUUGGGAGAAUGGGGGGGAAUAAAGUUUAUUGAAAAUAUAAA